UGCGCAUUUGAGCAGUCCGCGGCCCAGGCGGCAGAGGGGAAGAUGGCGGCGGUGGUACAGAAUGUGGUGAAGCUAGCUGUUGGCUGUAAAGGAUGAUGAAUACCUUUUUUCCCAGCCUUGGUUCAGAAAAGUGCCUUGGUGAACAGUAUUACAAGGACGCAAUGGAGCAGUGCCACAACUACAAUGCCCGACUGUGUGCCGAGAGGAGUGUCCGGCUGCCAUUCUUGGACUCACAGACUGGGGUGGCGCAGAGCAACUGUUACAUCUGGAUGGAGAAGCGGCACAGGGGGCCAGGUUUGGCAUCUGGACAGCUCUAUUCCUACCCUGCUCGCCGCUGGAGGAAAAAACGCCGCGCUCAUCCUCCUGAGGAUCCAAGGCUUUCCUUUCCUUCUAUUAAACCAGACCCUGAACAGACCCUGAAGAAAGACGGUCUGAUCUCUCAGGAUGGUAGCAGCCUGGAGGCCCUCCUGAGGACGGACCCUCUUGAGAAACGCAGCUUGCCUGACCCUCGGACUGAUGAAGACAGCCUGGGUGAAUUUCCCGUUGCCAACAGCCGUGCGCGUAAGCGCAUCCUGGAACCAGAUGAUUUCUUGGAUGAUCUGGAUGAUGAGGAUUAUGAAGAAGACACGCCAAAACGCAGAGGCAAAGGCAAGGCGAAGGGCAAAGGAGUUGGGGGUGCCCGGAAAAAACUCGAUGCAGCCAUUUUGGAAGACAGAGACAAACCUUAUGCCUGUGACAAUAGUUACAAACAAAAGCAUACCUCGAAACCUCCUGACCGAGUCUGUGGGAAGCGCUACAAGAACCGGCCUGGGCUGAGCUACCACUACGCACACUCCCACCUGGCUGAGGAGGAAGGGGAGGACAAGGAGGACUCUCAGCCCCCCACGCCUGUCUCUCAGAGACCCGAGGAGCAAAAAACAGCCAAGAAGGGCCCCGAUGGUUUGGCCUUGCCCAACAAUUACUGCGAUUUCUGCCUGGGAGACUCCAAAAUCAAUAAGAAAACGGGACAGCCGGAGGAGCUGGUUUCAUGCUCUGACUGUGGGAGAUCAGGCCACCCUUCCUGCUUACAGUUCACUCCGGUCAUGAUGGCAGCAGUGAAGACCUACCGCUGGCAGUGCAUCGAAUGCAAAUGUUGCAACAUCUGUGGGACCUCGGAGAAUGACGACCAGCUGCUGUUCUGUGACGAUUGUGACCGUGGCUAUCACAUGUACUGCCUAACCCCGCCCAUGUCAGAGCCGCCUGAAGGGAGCUGGAGCUGUCAUUUGUGUCUGGAUUUGCUGAAGGAAAAGGCCUCCAUCUAUCAGAACCAAAACUCUUCCUGAUGGGUGUCGGGGCAGCAGAGAAGAAAGGAGGCUCCAAGGAGGAACCUUUGGUUGUUCGCUGCAUUACAGGGGCUGUCUGUCCUUUCGUGGUUUACUCUUUCUUCUAGCACCUUCUGCUUGCGGUCAGCGUCUCCUUCACCAAUUGGAUCAGGCCCUCCCCCCCACUGGCUCUCGCUGUUGUUCUCCACCGUGGUUUGAACCUCUCUCGCUUAGCGGUCGCUCUGGGGAGUGAAGGGACUUUGCCCCCUCUUCUUCUGUGAGAUCUCAAGUCUACCAGGAGGUUUCAGGCCCAAGCCCCGAGCAGAUGCAGGGAGGAAUCCCGGUGCUUGUGCCUGGCUGAGGAUCAUCCCAUCUGCAGCCUUAAUCCUUAAUGCUCUAGGAGCAAAGCUUCUCUUAAGCGACCUGGAUUGGAAGCCUUGCAGUGCUUGCUGGGAGAAGGGAAGAAGCGCCUUCUCCCCUCACUUAACAUUGUGCUAUCGAAUCGACAGCCAAUCCUUAGGCUUCUGCCUCCACAAGCUGGGCUGGCCAAUUGAAAAGGAAGCUGCUUUGAAUGCUCCCCCACCCCAGUCUGCUUUUUCUUUUCCUGGGUUUGAACCCCAACCCACCUGCCUGGAAAACCCCACCUGGCGAAGAGGUUCCCAAGUCCUUUGUCAUCUGUCCUCCCUCUUCCGAGAAGAAGUGGCUUGAUUGCUGGCGUAAUACGAAAGGAACAGUGUGGCAGUCAAGAGCAGCCUUCUGGAGCAAGGGUGUCCUGGACGACCUUGUGCGCAGUGUGAAGCCAGCAGUGUGAACCGGGAGGCUCUUGACUUGGCUCGGGCAGGUGUCGACUCUCAUCUGCCAGGCUUGGAGAAGACCUUUUGAGGUUUACUCCUGUCUUAGUGGAGAUUGGAUCUUGGCCCAAAGAAUCCCUAUAGAAACAAAAAAAAAAUCAUUAUUUUCAUGUUUUUACAAACAUAUAGGAUUGUGUAUUUGACUCAGGGCUGUCUUCUGGUGGGGUGGGAUUGGGGGAGGGGGAAGUACUCCUAUCUUUGGAGCAGAGAAAGAGGUCUCUGGGCUUUCCUCUCCCUACCUUGGUGAGCCCCAGAUACAUGGGGGUGUCGACCACAGCCACAGGCAGGCAUGAUAGUGUCGCAGGGGACUUCAGUACAUUUUAAUCCAGGAGGGUGUCUUUCCCGUUUCUUGCCAGCAUUAUAGAUCCCCCCCCCAACAUACCCCAUCCUGCUGGUUUUGGAGCUGCCUGCAGGGCAGUUGGUUAGUUGUUUGACUGGGAAGAGCAAAGGUCCUCUUGGGCUGGCAGCUCUUUGCCUCAAGGAGCGGAGCUUGUUAAGGGAGUUCAGUCCUCCAGCUUAGCAGCAGAUGCCUGCGGAGAUUGUCCCAGGAUCGUCCGCUCCCCUUGAUGUGUCGAGUGCCUCUCUGGGAGCGUCGGCCGUGAGAGUUGGGUUACCUGCCUGGGUUCCCCUUUUGUCCAAGCCUUACUUGACGUCUGUUUGCCACGUCCUGGUCCCCCACAUUGUAUGUGUGCGGUGUCUUCUCUCUACCCUCGCUGCUUUUGGCUGCGAACCCCAUGGGAGCUGGUGUGUCGUCCACCAGACCUGGUGUGUGGAGGUGUCUUUCCAGGAACAAAAACUGUCUUUCGCUUCUGUCGCCCUCUUUGCCUUUUGUGUCUCUUCCUGGGAGGAAUCGGUCCCCAUGAAUGACAUUUCAGAAGAUCGUCUUGAAGUCCCACCAUUAUUAUUGUUUUUAUUAAUGGGAGUUUUCUCCCGUCACCCCGGGUCGUGGUAGAGAGCAGAGGAAGGGUGCCUCUGGAACCGGGUGGUGUGUAAUAGUGUACUAACACAUGUGCCUGUUUUUUCUAAAAUUGACUUCAAACCUACCUCCAAAACCCCCUUUUGCAUUUUUCCCACGUGCUCUCAAAAAGGAUUUGAAUCCUCCUCUGCCCCUGGUCCGUUUUCCUGCAGAAGGCAGCAUGAGAUGGCUCAGGGCUCUCUGUCAGAGUGGGAGCGGGAUAGUUAUUUUUUACUCACUGGGCCGUGAGUGCAAAUCUAGCCAGCAGUUGGCUUGGCUUCACAUGAAAGCCUAACCUGCUACCCUGCCGGUUAGGUUAGUGGCUAACCAGACAGGAUUUGGCCUCUUAGGGAUAGCUGUGUGGGGAAAAGGUAAACAUGAUGGAAGCUUUUUAACCCUCCCAUCCCUAUUGCUGACAAGGCUCUUCUUCAGGUGGGCUAUAAGUUGGGCCUGCGAACUCAGAGUUUUAUGUGAAGCAUGAAGAAGGACCUCUCUGUUUGUGUCAUUGUGCACUUGUGCUCCUCGAUCCCCUCAGGGCCACACAGCUCCCCUAGGGAAGCACCCCCCCCCCCAGCUUUCCUUAAUCUUGCACUUGUUUCUUUUCUCUCCUAACUGGGUGGGGUGGGCAGAUUCAUAAGAUUGGGGGGAGGGAGCUUCGGUCAUUGGGCUUUCCUGCAUUCUCAUUUGCAUGUUUCCCCCCCUCUAGUGGUUGAUUUGAUAUUAUAUUGCUUCAUGGCCAGCAUAAAACCCUGCAGUUUAAAUCUGUUGGGAGAUAAUACUGGGCAUAAAGCGAUGUAAUAUUGGAUCGACCACUAGAGGGAGCAAAACAUGUGGGGAGCAGAACACCCCCCCCCCCCCCCAGCAACAGGAACACACAAGCCAGGAAGAUGAGAAUGGGGGGAAGCCCAUUAAGAGAUCUUGGCUAAAUCUCAUUGGGGGAAUUGCUGUCCCAAUCCUAGCUGGGGCAUGUCUUUGCUCGAAGCAUCACACCCGUGUCUUAAACUCACUACCGUAAUAAAACACCAAAAUGGCUUGUUUUUAGACCUAUGUUUUAUCGUAGUCUUUUGUCCUUUGGGUGGGUGGUAGUGGGAUGAUAGGUUGAUAUGGGGGGGGAGAGUUGUGUUUUAAAAAAAUAAAGCUGUGUGAAGCCCCCACUGCAUUGUGGGAAUUCCAUGCUCAGGUUAAUUCUGUUGAUGGGGGUGGGGUGGAAUAGAAAGGUGAAGCCUCGGUUCCUAGAUUGGCUUUCUUCACUGCUUUUGUGGUUUGGGGUGAGAAGCAAGGGGGGGGGUGCACCUGCCUCCGUUUCUCUGCCCUGCAGUGCUUCUGUUCCUUGGGCAUCUGCAAAGCAAAAAGACUUCCAUCUUUUUUAUUUGAACCCAUCCAAGGGCUGGAAGUUCGGCUACAAUACCUCAACUCUGUGCUUUUGUGGUGUCUGUAAGUUGGUUCUGUAGCCCCUCGCACACCUGGGUUGCCAUUCUUGCUCCAUGCUUCCACCCCUUGUCCACCCCCUCCCAUCUCCCUGACUUACUGGUUUUACAUUGAGUUGGUGGCUUUGUUCCUUCCUCUCCCCAGAUGUUGCAGAUGAUUUUGUGGGUUUUGGAAUCCAUUUCUGUUGGUGGUUCUUUCGCUUUUUAAUUCUCCGGGGAGUCACCCACCCACCAUCUUUUUAUAGCGGGUUAAGCUGAAGUGUGUUUUUGGCUCUUUUAUU